GUUGAUGGACCUGAAGGCCGUGGAGCUGCUGACGGAGCGAGAGUUUAGCUUGGACAAGGAGCUUCGUGGCAUCGGCUUCAGCAACCUCCUGAGUGCCCUUCUUGGAGGUGGUUGGCCUUGCUACAUUCUGUGCUCCUUGAAUGUGACCUGUUAUCGAUUGGGUGGCAGGUCCAAGUUUGUGGGGACUUGUCUUUCUUUGGGUGCAAUCCUUUGCCUCUUCGUAGCUUCCAAACUUCUCUACCGACUUCCGCGAGUGCUGCCGGGAAGUCUGUUUAUGUGGCUGGGCUUGGUCUUUGUCAAGGAGACCAUCGUCGACAUCUGCUCCAAGCACACGCACAAAUCAGAUGUCUUCAUUGUGGGCGUCAUGGCCUUGGUUGUGAAAUUCUAUGGAUUCAACAACGCGCUUCUAGUCGGCACGCUCCUGGCUAUGAGUUUCUUCACAAUCCGCUACAGCGGCUCCCAGGUGGGGGUCCGCACUUCCGGGGAUGCGCGAUUCUACCGAGCCAUCUGCACGAGAGACUUCGCCGAACACUCGGCCCUGGAGGAGUUGGGGCAUCUUAUCGAGGUUGUGCACAUCAGUGGUUUCCUUAUGUUCGCUUCCACCCCGGCUUUCACCGAUGCUGUGCGAGAACUGCUGGCUGAUUCGGCCGAUGGCCCGGAAUGGAUACUGCUGAACUGCCAGAAUCUCCAAGGAUUGGAUUAUUCUGCGGCACUGGAGCUGGCCACUUUGGGCCGGAAGGCAGCGGAGAGCCAAAAGCGCCUGGUGAUCACCGAGCUCUCAAGCUGUGUCCAGGAGGUUUUGCAACAGGCCCGAGUGGAGCUGAAGGAGUUGCCUGGCCCAGGCAGCAGUGUGGCUUACGGCUUGUUCUACCAGUCCCAUUACCAGAGUGCGUUGCAGCGCUGUGAAAAUGGGGUGCUGUCUCGCCUAGGCCAGCGCUUACCAAGCAAAUCCCAGCCAUUACUUGGGUCCGAGCAGGCUUUUAUGCGUGAAGUGCUGAAGCGCUACUUCGGCGACUUCUUGCCGAAGGACGGCUCGCAGGACAAGGUGCUCGACAGAGCGAUGGGCCUUUUCGAGAAGAAGGUGUUGGAGCCGGGUGCCGUGUUGUGGAAUGCCGGCGAGGAGUGCACACAAUGUGCCUGCGUGCUGGAAGGCACGCUCCACGCCUAUGCACACCCGAGCAGGAAAAGGACAAAACCGUCAAGUCCGCAAAGAAAGGUCUUAGGUGACCUCGGCAAGGAUCGGUUGGUUUGCAUCGCCGGCCCAGGGGAUUUCAUUGGCUUCCUGGCUUUUGUGAACACCUUCCCCUAUGAGCAUACCGCCUUGGUGCCUUCAACGCAGGGCGAGGAUAGCGAGGAGCCCGAGUCCACGAGCAUUCUGGUGCUGCAGAAGAGCAAGUAUGAAGAGCUCUUGCUGACCGAUCCACCUCUUGGUCAAGCUUUGGUGCGAGGUUUCUUGAGACAAAUUAGCUAUGAAUGGCGGGAGCUUUCGCGGUUGUCCGUAUCUUAG